AUGAGAGGCUUCUGGACAGCGCUGACGGCGCGCCGUCUCUUCCCCCUGCGGCUUCCUCCGCGGCCGCCCGGACCCCGGCUGUCGAGCGGGCCGGCGGCGGCGGAGGCGGGCGCCCUGGAGCGGGCGAUGGACGAGCUGCUGCGCCGCGCAGUGCCCGCCACGCCGGCCUACGAGCUGCGCGAGAAGACGCCGGCGCCGGCCGAGGGCCAGUGCGCCGACUUCGUGAGCUUCUACGGCGGCCUGGCCGAGGCGGCCGAGCGCGCCGAGCUGCUGAGCCGCCUGGCGCGGGGCUUCGGCGUGGACCACGGCCAGGUGGCCGAGCAGAGCGCCGGCGUGCUCCAGCUGCGCCAGCAGCCGCGGGAGGCGGCCGUGCUGCUGCAGGCCGAGGACCGGCUGCGCUACGCGCUGGUGCCGCGCUACCGCGGCCUCUUCCACCACAUCAGCAAGCUGGACGGCGGCGUGCGCUUCCUGGUGCGGCUGCGGGCCGACCUGCUCGAGGCGCAGGCGCUCAAGCUGGUGGAGGGGCCGCACGUCCGGGAGAUGAACGGAGUGCUGAAGGGCAUGCUCUCAGAGUGGUUCUCUUCGGGGUUCCUGAGCCUGGAACGGGUCACCUGGCACUCGCCGUGUGAGGUCCUGCAGAAAAUCAGCGAGUCUGAGGCCGUGCAUCCUGUGAAAAACUGGAUGGAUAUGAAACGACGCGUCGGGCCUUACAGGAGGUGUUACUUCUUUUCUCACUGUGCAAGCCCCGAGGAGCCCUUGGUCGUGCUGCACGUGGCGCUGACCAACGAGAUCUCCAGCAACAUCCAGGCCAUAGUGAAGGAGUGUCCCCCGUCGGAGACGGAGGAGGGGAGCCAGAUCUCUGCGGCCAUCUUCUACUCCAUCAGCCUGACGCAGCCCGGACUGCAGGGGGUAGAGCUGGGCACCUUCCUCGUCAAGCGAGUGCUCAAGGAGCUGCAGAGAGAGUUUCCUCAUCUCGGGACGUUCUCAAGUCUGUCUCCUAUCCCCGGCUUCACCAAGUGGCUUCUGGGGCUCCUGAACUCACAAGCAAAGGAACACGGGAGGAGUGAACUGCUCACAGAUUCCGAAUGUAAAGAAAUCUCGGAGAUCCUAGGCGGUCCCGUUAACGAGACCCUCAAGGUCUCGCUCAGCAGCAGCGAGUGGGUGAAGUCUGAGAAGCUGGUCAGGGUGCUGCAGGCCCCCUUGAUGAGGCUCUGUGCCUGGUACUUGUACGGAGAGAAGCACCGGGGCUACGCCCUGAACCCCGUGGCAAACUUCCACCUGCAGAACGGGGCUGUGCUGUGGCGCCUCAACUGGCUGGCCGACACGAGCCUCAAGGGCGUCACCGGCUCCUGCGGCCUGAUGGUCAACUACCGGUACUACCUGGAGGAGACGGCCGCCAACAGCACCAGCUACCUCUGCGCCAAGAACAUCAAGGCUUCCGAGCAGGUGCUCAGCCUCGUGGCCCAGUUUCACAAGAACAGCAAACUUUAA